AUGGGAGUGCUCCACGUACUUUUAUUACCAAUUUUACUUGCAUCUGCACUUUACUCUGCUUCAAGCCCAGUAGUCAAGCUUACCAGUGCUAACUUCCAAAAAGAAGUUAUAGAGUCCGACGAUAUUUGGCUAGUCGAGUUUUUCGCCCCAUGGUGUGGCCACUGCAAACAAUUAGCCCCUGAAUGGGAAAAAGCUGCCAAAGCCCUCAAAGGAAUUGUAAAAGUAGGUGCCGUCGAUAUGACUACUGACCAACAAGUAGGUGCUCCAUACAGAGUUGAAGGUUUCCCAACUAUCAAAUUCUUUGGCGAAAACAAAAGAUCUCCUCUAGAUUACAAUUCUGGAAGAUCUGCAAAAGAAAUCACAUCAUAUGCCCUUAGCCAAGCUGAACAAAUAGUCCAAAAACGACUCGGAGGGAAGCCAAGCUCAAGCAGUUCAAGCGGAAACUCUCAAGGAAGCCAAGAAUCCGUAAAAGAUGACGAUGUCAUUGUCUUAACAGAUAGCAAUUUUGAAGAACUGGUACUUAAAAGCAAAGACAUGUGGCUCGUUGAAAUGUAUGCUCCAUGGUGCGGCCACUGCAAAAAACUUGCCCCUGAAUGGGCUAGAGCAGCUACCCAGCUUAAAGAUUCUGUAAAAUUAGGCAAAUUAGAUGCAACUGCUGAAACUAAAACCGCACAAAAGUACGGCGUCAAAGGAUACCCAACCAUCAAAAUUUUCCCUCCUGGAGAGAAAAACAAUGCAGAAGACUACAAUGGGCCAAGAGAAGCUGAAGGAAUUGUAAGGACAGCUUUAAGCAAACUUGAUCAAUAUGGGGUUGCUCCUGAAAUUCCUCAGCUUGUAAGUGCUGAAGUUUUUAAAGAAAAUUGUGAUAAGCAAGUAUGUAUUAUUGCGUUUUUGCCUCAUAUUUAUGACAGCUCAAGUGUGGAAAGGAACAGAUAUAUUGAAGUCUUCCAAAAUGUUGCUAAAAAGACAAGAGGAAAACCAAUUAGACUUAUGUGGGCACAAGCUGGAGACUUUUUGAAGCUUGAACAAUUGCUAGGGCUUGGAAUGGGGUAUCCAGCGGUUGCAGGGAUUAGUACACAGAAAACGAGAUACUCUGUCAUGAAGAGUGCAUAUAACCCUACAGAAAUAGAUACGUUCAUUACUAAAACUCUCAGCGGCUCAGUGCCUCUGAUUGAAUAUAAAGAACUACCAAAAUUAAGUAAGGUAGAGCCUUGGGAUGGUCAAGAUCAUCAGCCUGAAGUUUCGCAAUCAGAAGAUCUUUAA